AUCGUCGUGCAAAUGUCGGAUUGUUCUCGCAAAGCCAGCUUGUUCGAAUACGAACAAAAGACAUUGUCAUCCUGAUCCCUGGCAGGAUCUACGGUUGUACAACCAAAAUUGCCGUCCCGCAGAAUUUGUCCUUGCAAUGCAUCAACAACAUUUUGCUCAAGGCUAAUUACUUUCACAGCAACGUAUAUUCUUGAGUGCCUGGACUUCGCAUCUUCAAGCCCAUGAAUCUUUUCGAAAUGCUCAUUGUUCCUAUUCACAGCCGUGUUGUUGCCAUGUAAUGUCAACAUGAUGGACCUUCGCUCUCGCCCCGGUUUGUUGAUCCUCUUGUGCAUUUCGUCACUUAUUCUGCAAACCACACCAUCAAGUCCAGAUGACAUUCAAUACCUUCCAGCAUGUGCUCAAUCAACAUGCGCCAACUACGUGUUGAACUGCUACGACUCCGGUCAAGCAUCUUUCGAGGACUGUGUAAACAUGACCCAAGCGGACAUCUAUACAUGCGCACUUCAAAAGUGCCCAAGCUGCGUUGAUUUUGCGACGGUUGAGAAUUGGGUCUAUGCGUAUGGAACGGAGAGCUUGGUAACCUCCCUAUGGCCUUCAAUUGCAAACUGCACCUCAACAUCGACAGUCACUGAAACCGAAUCUUCUGCUGUCAGCUUUGUUUCGCCAACAUCGCAAUCCUCAAGUGUCCCGACCACUUCCGAGCCUCCAUCCCAGUCCUCAGAGCAAAGCUCACCACCGACGACAGACACCGAGAGUAUCAUGUCACCGAUAGCACCUUCCGUUGUGACCUCGACCAUCUUUCUUUCAUUCAGCAUCACGCCUACUCAAAGCACAACAUCUUCCAUGACUCUACCGACAACGAACGUACCUGCGUCUACAGGGCCGCCCCCGAGUAGCCACAGCUCCGGACUUUCUAAAAAUGCAAAAGUCGGAAUAGGCGUGGGUACAGGUGUUGGAGGACUCGGUCUGGUCUCUCUUGUCAUUGCCUUGUCAAUAUCCAUACUGGGAAAGAAGGGAAAGAAGGCUACAUCACUGCCUGCAGAACAGCCCCAACCUCCUUCUCGGAGCGUUCAGAACCUAACCGUGUCUGUCAAACCCGAGUUGCCUGCAGACCCAGCCCCGAUCCGCCCACCGCGAGUAUACUCGGAAUUGCAAGGUUCACCAGUGCAGCCUCAACAACCUCAAAACGGACCUGAUGUUGGAACCUCGCCCCAAAGUGGAGUACGACACGAACUGCAGAGUAGUUCUGUGCCCUCUGAACUUGAACCUUUAGGAGGAUCCCGAAAUAGUUGAUUUCCACGGUGCGGGAAGGAUUUGGAGUUCGUAGUGGGCAGCUUUCUGCUUUUUGUGUGCUCCGACGACUCUACGUCUUAUAGG